AUGUAUCAUUCAGGGAUCGGCGGAGGCGGUUUCAUGAUCGUGCGCGGUUCAAAUGGGAGCUACGAGGUCAUAGACUUCCGCGAGACGGCGCCUGCUGCUGCCUUCCAGGAUAUGUACAACAACAACACUAAUGCGAGCAUCUUUGGCGGACUGGCUAGCGGCGUACCAGGAGAGAUAAGAGGCCUGGCGCAUUUGCAUCAGAAUUACGGCAAGUUGCCAUGGAAGCGAGUCAUGCAGGGGGCAAUUAAGACGGCAAGGGAAGGCUGGGAGGUGUCCGAGGAUCUUGUGAGGUACAUGAAAUCGGGGAUGGCCUCUGCGGCAGUACCAAACUUCCUGAUUGAGGAUCCUAACUGGGCUAUUGACUUUGCACCGAAUGGAACUCUUCUGGGGAUGGGGGACACAAUCACGCGGAAGAGAUAUGCUGAUACAUUGGAAACGAUUGCGGAAAAAGGACCCGAUGUUUUCUACAAGGGACCCAUCGCCGAAGCCACGAUCGCGGCGGUACAGGCGGCGAACGGAACCAUGACUUUGGAAGAUCUGCGCAAUUACACAGUCGCCGUCCGAGAAACAGCAAACAUCACGUACCGCGGAUACCGGCUGUUCAGUUGCAGCGCGCCCAGCUCUGGUGAGGUAGCAUUGUCUGUGCUUAAAAUUCUGGAGCAGUACCCCGAUCUCUAUCAUGGGGGAAUGCUCAACCUCAGCACUCAUAGGCUGGACGAAGCUAUCAGAUUCGGGUACGGAGAGAGAACCAAUCUUGGGGACCCAUCCUUUGUUGGGAACCUGUCAGCAUACCAAGACGACAUGCUCUCAGAAGCGACAGCACGCUACAUUCGGAACAAGAUCUCGGACCACAACACCCUUAACGUCUCGGCGUAUGAUCCCAAUGGCAUUGAAUCGCUUGAAACGCCGGGCACGUCUCACGUGGUCACCGCGGAUGCAUCAGGGAUGGCCAUUUCUCUGACCACGACCAUCAACCUGUUGUUUGGCUCACAAGUCCUGGUGCCGGAAACCGGAGUGAUCAUGAACAAUGAAAUGAACGACUUCUCUAUCCCCGGAUCUUCGAACGCGUUUGGCUAUGUUCCGAGUCCUUCCAACUACAUUCGACCGGGCAAGCGCCCCUUAUCCUCGAUCUCACCCACCAUCGCCGAGUUUGCAAAUGGGACAUUGUACUACAUCACUGGUGCUGCUGGAGGUUCUCGAAUCAUCACUGCCACCAUCCAAAGCCUUGUGCAUGUGCUGGACCAAAACAUGACGGCACCCCAAGCACUGGCGCAGCCCCGUCUACACGACCAACUUAUUCCCAACCAGGUGGCAUUCGAGUAUGCAUACAACAACAAGACGGUCGCUUUCAUGAAAGCCCGGGGACAUAAUGUGACCUGGAUUGCUCCUGGCCAAAGCUCCGCUCAGAGCAUCCGACGGCUGCCGAACGGAACGUUCGAGGCUGCUGGUGAGCCUCGACAGAAGAACUCCGCUGGGCUGGCAAUAUGA